AUGAGGGCCAUAUCCCUCUUCACAUCCGGCUUACUCUUAGCCGGAGCUUGCAGAGCGUCUCCGCACCCCGCACCAUCUCCGCGACUACAACAACUACAACAGCCAUUGAGCUCCAUCGAAGAGCCGCACAAUGCUGCUGUUACAGCAGACAAACUCGACCUGGAGCACGUAAUUGACACCUCGCCCUUACUCUCACUGCACCGGGACCUCGUCAAAAUCGAAUCGAUCUCCGGCAAUGAGCAAGAAGUAGGCGAUUUCAUCAUUCGAUACCUUGACGCACGCGAUUUCACGGUCGAGAAGCAAGUUGUAGCAGCAAGCAACAACAACACACGAUUCAAUAUAUAUGCAUACCCGAAAUCGAGCCCGAGUGCCCCCAAGGUUCUAUUGUCAACCCACAUCGACACCGUACCGCCUUAUAUCCCGUACAGUCUGAGUCUACCAUCCGGCGCCGAACCCACGCGAGACAACAUCCUCAUUUCCGGCCGUGGCUCUGUGGACGCAAAAGCCAGCGUCGCCGCUCAAAUAAUCUCAGCCCUUGAGUAUCUCCAACAACCCGGCGACGAUGCUUCAUCAUCAUCAUCAUCAUCAUCGCUAGGCCUCCUCUUCGUAGUCGGCGAAGAAGUCGACGGAAUCGGCAUGCAACACUUCUCGCAAUCCGCCCUCAACACCUCCCCGCCAACCUUCCACACCGUCAUAUUCGGCGAACCCACUGAACUUGCCCUGGUGGCUGGCCACAAGGGCUCACUCUUCUUCAAGAUUUCCGCGACGGGCAAAGCCGCGCAUUCGGGAUAUCCAUGGCUCGGCCGCAGUGCGUUCUCUGCAUUAUUGCCUGCGCUCGCAAAGCUGGAGACGCUAGGCGACAUUCCCGAGUCUGAAGGUGGGAUUCCGGGGAGUGCGAAGUUGGGGAAAUCGACGAUUAAUAUUGGGCGCGUCGAGGCUGGGAUUGCGAGUAAUGUUGUGCCGGCGUAUGCGGAGGCGCUGGUGAAUAUUCGGUUGGCGUAUGGGGACGUGGAGAAGGUGAAGGAGAUUGUGGUUAGGGCUGUACGUGAGGCUACAGGAGGUGAUGAGAGUGUCGCUAUUGAAUGGGGGAAUAAUGGCACGGGUCAUAAACCGAUUGAUUUUGAUACGGAUGUCGAUGGGUUUGAUGUCGUGACUGUGAACUAUGCCACUGAUGCUUGGUAUUUGGAGCUCCAUGACGGUGCUGGCGGUAGACCUGUUGGUCGCGUGCAUAGGUAUUUGUAUGGACCGGGCAGCAUCUUUGUGGCUCACGGAGCAGAUGAGGCGAUUACCGUGGGGGAUUUGGAGGCUGCUGUGACAGGGUAUAAGAAGUUGAUUGAUGCUGCUUUUGAGCGGAAUUCGUAG